CUAGCUCCUUUAGAAAUAGACGCACGCGGAGAAAAAGCACAGCUCGCUUAUCAAAGGGCUCUUAAAGAUGGAGCUGUCAAUGUUUACCGUGGUCGAGUAUUGCUUAUUGGGCAGGAUCGAGCAGGAAAAACAAGUUUGAAGAAGUCUCUCAUUGGUCUACCAUUUGAUAGAAAAGAAAAAAGUACUGAUGGAAUUGAAGUGGAUCCUUCAAAAUUUCGGUUGGACGUUGAUGAAGUCAAGAAUUGGCAACCUAUUGAUGAGAGAAACCAAGGGUUGCUAGGAUGUACGAAAGAUGUGGCGCAGGUGGUGGUGGAAAAGAUGUACCGUGAAUGGGUUGAGGGGGAAGAAAGAGGUGAAGCAAUAGUUCAAAAUGAUGAUAUAAACAAGAAUAGAAAACAGGUUGGUACUGAUGGAGAAAAGGAAGAAGUUCCUCUUUUGAACCAGGUUUGUCUUUUGUCUUUGAAAUGUGAUAUUUUUUCGUGAAUUCUUCGUUACUGCGAGAACGUCCUAGCAGUAGUUAUUAUGAAUUGAUUAUUGCCUUCAUAAGUUAGGUUUUAGUGAGAAACUCACCACGGCUUCCCUGCGCUUUACUACGAUGUCCGUAUGGAAAAUAUGUAAUAAUUGCCAGAUCGUGUUUUUUUUUUCAGUGCUGGUUAAAAAUUUAAUUAGCGUUUUUAUACUUGUCUAGUAAGUUCAGUUCCGAGUGAAGAAUUAUACUAGCACCCAUCUACACGUAAGCUUAGCAUUUGGGUUAUUAGUGCGUGUGCAAACCAAAGUGAGUAAGGCCGUGUAUUUAUUUAUACUUUUAUUUUGUAAGUGCUAAUUAGGCUUUGACUAUAGCUUUCGCUCAGUUUUUUUUGUCAAUCACAAUUUCCCUAUACUAUUUUUUUUUUUUUAUGUGAGGAGCGAGGCCAAGGGGUUGGGGUGACUCAAUCAAACACCAUAUUUCUAUAUAUUCUUAAAUUUCCUGUUCCUUAAAAAAUGCAAGAGCGUAUUAAUGUUUUGGAUACCUCAUUCCUCCAAUAAUCGUACCUCAAUGUUUGAGCUUAUAGAGAAUUUUCUGUCAUCAAUAACAACUUUAAAUGUCUGAAUAAUCGAAUCGGGGGAUGAAGAGGAAUAAUCUGGUGUUCAUUAUUCCAGCUGGAAAAUUUACGUUAUUCCAUUAUUUCAGUAAAAAAGAACUCAUUAUUCCGUCGAAAAAACCUACUUAUUCAAUUAUUCCGCCCCACAAAAUGGCGUUAUUCCCUUUUUUCUCACUCCAUUAUUUCUCGUCCCAAAAUCCAGCCAGGUACGGUCAGUCUUUUAGAAUCAGAAUCAACAGAUAUUUUGUAAUUUUUUCGUAAUCUGCUUCAGGUUGGUGAUCCAAACGAAGACAGUGUUAGUGAACUCACAUUAACAGGACCUGAUCAUGAGUUAGUGGUUGAUACUACUUCACCUUCAGAGGAGAUCAAGGAACGAGCUGUAAAUUUAAUAAAGUAUAUGAAUGGUGAAGAUGUUAAGCCUGAAGAAUCUGUUGUUAGUAUUGAACUGUGGGAUUUUGCUGGACAACACCUGUAUUAUGCAUCCCAUCCUGUAUUCUUAUCAUCACGUGCGCUGUAUAUCUUGGUGUGCAACCUCAGCAAGUCGCUGCAUGACAAAGCCAAGCCCUGUGUAAGACAAGGAUCUCGUAAUGUUGAGUUGGAAAACCCAAAUGGAGAAACAAAUCUUGAGAACUUGUUGUCUUGGCUGUCUACAGUGCAUAGCGUCGUACAGAUGAGAAGAGAAACCUGUGAUGAUGAAGCGGAAGAGGUGCCUCAUUAUUUACGUCCCCCAGUGAUCAUUGUAGGAACCCAUGCAGACAAACCAUUUGAAGACAUUCAAACAAUGAAAACACAAAUCCAGAACGCAAUUGCUGGUAAGGACUAUGAAGGACAUGUGGUGCGGCCUAUCUUCAGCAUUGACAACACUGCAAAAUUAACUCAAAGAAAGAUCAAAAAUAUAGUUUUCGGGAAAGAUGAAAACAUUGAUGAGAUCCAAGCUCUACAAGUCAAAAUCAUGGAAGUGCUAAGACAGGAGCCUUACAUUGGGGAGAGGAUACCUGUGAGGUAAAUAAUGGUUAUACCAGAAUGUUCAGAAUCCAUUAAAGUAAAUAUUAAAUAAUUUCCAUGUCAAAAGUUGAGCUGUGAACGCACUGAGAUUACGGUUUACGUGUAUGGCGUUUGUUUCCGCCAGUCCUUGUAGGUGUCAUAAGUAACUCAUUGCCUGUGAUGCUACAUAAAAGCGUGGCCGCAAAACAUCUCAAGGCUGGUUCAUUGUAGUCCUUUACUUUUUUUAAUUGGUUAAAAUAAUUACAGCGAGAACAGAAAAAAUUCAGUGGUUCCUGUAUGAGCCACCUUGCGGUCAUAAGAAAUGAAUGUCUCGUUGAUUGAAACAAGUUAACCGUGAAAAGCAGUUUUGACUGGCCUUAAGGAAUAUUCUACCCAGAAGCGUUUUAUAAUCCUAUUUCGAAUUAGCUGAAAAGCAUCGUGUACGUUUGAUUUUCGAUUUAAAAAGGUAGAGUAAAGUGGAUCACUUACCCGUUCAAUCUGUAGUUACCUGCAUAACUGCACAGGCUGACCAUUUAGAACUUGACCAGCUGUAUUAGUUAAGCUUAUUUAAGCGUAUAUUGAUCUAAUUUUAGCUUUAGAAAGACCAUCAAUACUAACUAAUUAAAAGAUCUUGACGUCUUUUCACAUGUCAACAGUCAUGUUUUGGAACGUGUGUAUGCUUCUAGCCCCGGUUGUUCAAACAAUGAAUCACUAUUAAGCUAGAAAAUAUUAGGAAACCUUACGGCACUUUCCACUGGAUUUUGGACAGAUACCCAUGUAUUUAUCCAGUGGAUAGAGUUAUCCACCUUUUGCACAACUGGGUCCUGUACUUUAGUCAGUACAGGGAUACUCUGUAUAUGUGACAUGGAUACUUAAACGCGUGCUAUCAAUUUUCUCUUUGGUUUUGUAAACUAGGUGGCUGAACUUUGAGAAAGUCAUCAACGCUUUGCUUUCCAAGCCAGUUUAUUACCUGAGUGUAACGAAGCUACAGACCUAUGCCAAGGAGAAGUGCUUCAUCGAUGAUGAGGAAGAGUUUACUACUAUGGUGAAUUUCUAUCAUGACCUGGGGAUAAUUAUCAAGCACCGUAGCACAGUCAUCUUGAGUACCCAGUGGCUGAUAAAGUUGUUCGGGCAGCUGAUCACUAUUCCAGAUUUUACGAAUAUGGUAAGAAAUGGAUUUUAAACGUGUUUUAAAACUUGCAAGGUUUAUAAUGGUCCACAUUUUGGAUGACAUUACAGGUUUCCAACCGUGCUGUAGCUAAUAAAAAUAGUUAUAUCAAGUGCAUUGCCCGCUAUCUUUUUAAAAAUGUUAACUGUUCCUCAAAUAUUUGUAAACAGCAAAAUUGAGUGCGUUGGGCUGCCAUUUAAUCUUUCCCCAAUGUAAAACAGUUGGGAUAGGCGAUGUAAUUCUGAAAUGAAAUCUUACCCGACCAAACCUAUAACAACUGAAUUAGCACUAACGCCUGGUCAGCAGUCGUCUCUGUAAUCAACCCGCUAUACUGACGUCACUAAGAGGAAACAUUACAAUGAAACAUUUUCACUGCACUUUCUUAUUUGAACGUUGUAAUAUCCCAAGAGGAUUCUUGUUUCAAUCUCGAAGGACAUCAGGUGGUAUCGCGAUGUACCCGCUAACAAUACGAGGAGCUAAUAACCAAUUUACCUACAAUUUACCCUUUAUCUAGGGUCAAUGAAAUUCGACAACCAACCAGAGUGAAAAUACAUGUUGUAUAUAGAAAGGAAGCCUGACUUUUCACCGCCCAAACUGAUGCACACGAGGAGGGAAUUGCGAAAAAUUUAAAACACUGCUCAACCUACACAAAAAAAACGAAGAAGUUUAGCUUGUACCAAACAUUAUUGUCUCCUACGCUGACUUCCUUUUGCCUCGUUACGCAACCCUCUCCAACUAGAUUACAAGUAGUCUCUUCCUCAGGGAUAGUGGAGCGAGCGAAUUAGGCCAGCGCGUGAAAUUUGUCACCCUCGAGGAGGUUGACCAACGCUCCUGUAUUUUAAUCGCUCAAAUAUCCCAGAGGAAAAUAAGGGGCCACUCGUAGCCUAUCCUCAGUAGUAUAUUAGGCAUAGAAUCAGCGUUUUUGCGGUGGAAUCUUCGCUGGAAUACAUAAACGCUAGUGACGUCAUAACCUUUUGUCUUUAUCUCAUGAAUAAAAUGCGGUUGAAUCUCAUUAAAGGGUUAAAAAAAAAACAAAGAAGUUUGUACAUCGAGGUGGAGCCCCUUGGUAGGUGAGGUAACCCGCUGCUGGUCACCCCAGCUAUCAGGUAAACGUGGUCAAAUUUAAAUGAGACAUUAUGUGGACAGGCGGGUAACCUGCGAUCAUGCCCUCUCCCUUUAUCUCUGUAAUCUGCUCUCGGGAGGAGGGCAUGAUACAUUUCUUUUACAGGUCACAUGCAAAAAAGUCAGAAUCUGGACUUUUUUCUAAUUGGAUAGGAAACAAUACAGAUGAUUUGCGCUGUUCCGAUUGGCCAAAAUGCCUCCAUCCGUUAGUUGUUGUUGAUUUCAGUCUGGCAUUUUUGCUUGCGUAUAAAUGAGCAGUGAAUACACAUGCGAGUUCAUUAUCAAAAACUUCUGCCGGCUCAGUUUUCUUGAAUUUGAAGAAUGUCUAAAUAGAAAUUUCAUCCAUUGAAAUAUUUUCGUUCUCAUCGUACACUUAAAAGUUGCAGUCAAAAAUUCACCGAUCAUUUGAACGCAAUUUGAUACCGGCUACAAGUUACAAAGGCGACAAACGGGUUCACUUUUCGAAUAAUCAAUUUAUGAUUGGAAUCUUGACCUGGUUUGACGUUAAUUCCUCCUUCAGAAACCUGCGAAUCAUUCUGAGCGAUCUUUGCUUUCACAACACUUUUCAGUUCGUGAAAUAUGGUGCUUCAGCCUAAUGUUUUUUCACUGCUUUCGGCACAAAACGAAGUCAACGAGCUUUUACCAGUAAAUUCUUGAUUAUUUGUUGCUGUUAAAUAAAGGUAAGGCAGCUCCAUGUCAUCACCAAAAAAAACAAUUAAAAUUUUUUCAGGAAGGACCAUCUGAACACGGACGUACUUAAAAAUUCCCUUUUCCUUAAAAUUGAUUUCAAAAGAGACAUUAUUCCCGCCAAAAUUUGAUUCCCGUCUGGUAAACGCUGAUUGGCUAAUAACAUGACAAGUCAAGGAAGACGUUAGAUUAUGUAAAUUAGGGGGUGGUUGACGGCUUGUUAAAUAAAUAUAUCAGGCGUUAUUUUUUUUUCCUUCUCGGGCCAAAGAAGCAAAAAAAAUAAAUAAAUAAAUAACGCCUGAUCUCAGGUUAACAGGCGGGUUGCCUCACCUACCUGGGGUCCCCCACCUCCAUGUACACAGGCCCUAAGAUAAGGUCGUGUGCUAUUUUUAACCCUCUGGACAGGUUUUCCAGUUAUUUCUUGGUAGAUGAAGGUCUUGCUUUUUUAUUGGUUGACGACUACAUGUAAGAACUAGGAAAAGUAUUCAUUGGUUGAUUCAGGUUUUCGAAGGAAUAAGCGCUAACUCGCCUGUGACGUAGUUAUGCAAGUUACACUUCAUACCGCUUUCAUUGUUCAACAAGUUGUUCCAAGUUGUUCCGGUUUACAAUGCGCGCAAAUCGUGAAUAUUUAAUUUGGAGCAAAGCAAACUAGCUCUUUCUACCACGAAAAACACUUUUCCACUUUCCCACAACCCUUUUUCCUUUUCCACAUUUCAUUGUUUCACAUUGUUUCCUUCCACCACCACAACCACGUUUCUAUUGUUUUCUCUCAGCGCGAGGUUAUAGUGAACGUGGUAAAGAAAAGAAAACUUUACUUCGUAAAUCUUCUAACGCGAUUGGAAAGAAUUGUGUGACGAACCAAACGGAGGGCUGCUGAGAAGGCUAUCCUCUUUACUUUUAUUCACUCAGUAUUCCUUGCUAUGCAGACUACGUAACUUUUUCUUUAUAUGCGUCCCCACACAAAAACGGAAAACUCUAGAUCUUUUUCUUUGUUUGCUUACUUAAAAUAUUAAAUAAAAUAACCCACAGUUUACAAGUGCAUUAAUUAACUGGCUUAAAAUUCUCCCAAAAUAUCACUUUUUUAAGACAGUUUUGUUAUUGUCCUUCACCUUAUUCCGUCUUAGGUUCCUAAGGUUGCCAAGCACUGGAAGGAAGUUAAAGAAAGCGGUGUUCUCUCCAUGGAACUGGUUGAUCUUGUAUUUUCCAACUUUCUCCUGAAGGGUGUUGCCAGGAAAGACAUUCUUGAUUUGAUGGGACAAUUUGGAUUGAUUGCAAAAUUUUCAUCUUCAAAGACAGGUGAAAGGUAUUUUGUUCCAUCUCAACUCAAAGCGUCACCUAAUUCCCUUUGUUCCAUGGUGCCCACAAGGCUGGACCCUUGUCCCCUGUAUGUUUACUUUGUCAGCGGUUCUGUUCCCCAUGGUUUGUUCACUCGGCUUGUUUCUCGAUCUGUCCAUUGGUGUUCAGAGGCUGGUCCAACUCAGCCCCCUACCCUGUACCAAAAUGGAGCGUGGUUUGUUGUUGGGAAGCAAACUUUCCAUGACUUUGUUCUUAUUUGUAAGAAGCAAUUUAUUAAGUUUUUCAUCAAGCAAAGAAACCAACUUCAGCAGAUCUCGGUGGAUGGCACAAGUGAGAUGGCAGUGCAUGUUCGUGAGUUUGUGGAGGCAACUUUGCAGGCUUUGUCACGUGAUCUCUAUAAAGGUGGAUUGCAGUAUCAAAUUCGGGUCGCCUGUCCGUAUUGUCAGCGGGAAAAAUGCUCAAGCCAUAAUCAGAUUGCAUGUUCUCGUGAAGACUGUAUUCAUCUCCUUGAGUUAAGACAAGGCGAUCCUCUGAUUUGCAAAAAGAAACCUGUAGAGGAGGUACUCACAGUUACGGGACAGCAAAAGUGGUUCUCACAAAUAGAAAGUAAGGUAGGUAGCAGUGAAAUGCGAUCUCUAGCAGUGCUGUUAGCAUAUUACAUAUAGCAAGCCAAUACACAUAAUACUAAUAAAAACUUAUGUCCUUAAAAGGUAGCCAUCUAUUUAAAAUAAAAAGGCUUCAACAAAGUCUAUGCAUGUGCUUUUUUAGGUUAUAGUAUGAUGUACAACGUAUGCCCUCAUUUAUCCUACCACACGCUUCUCUGCAGUGUAAGAGAAGGUUUUGUGGCUGUCAACUUAACGAACAUUGGUUCUUAAUAUCAAGUAAGUUGAUAAGGUCAAUUGGAUACCAUGUAUUACUAAUUGUUAUUGGCCUGUAGGCAUUAAGCAGUGGGUAUAUAACUUUUUCCCAAGUCUUUUUUAAUGUGCUGUUUUGCUUUACUGUUGGGUUAAUAAGUUUAUAGCAUCUAACGUGUUGAUAACACGUUUUGCAAACUUUCAUUAGAAAAUGUAGAAACCCCCAGAUGUAAAAAUUUAUUUUCUAAAGUGUGCAAUUUUGGUUGCUAUUCAGGAGGCGUGUACUCCAUCAUCAUCACCUGGUACCGCACAAGCUCGUCCAGAACGUCUGGUACUGAAGGUUACCCUUCUCGCGAAUGAGUGGGGGUCGUCCAAGGGUGGCUUGUCAACAAUAAACAGAACUCUUGCCAUACAUUUGGCAAAAGACGCAAACGUAGAAGUGACAAUUGUUGUACCUGAAUUUGAGUGUCGCGAAGAAGAUAAGAGAGCUGCCAAAAGUCGCAACAUUUUCAUCCGGGAAGCAUUGCGCCUUCCUGGCUUCAGUGAUCCUCUUGACUGGUUGAGUUUUCCACCAGAUGACCUUGACAUUCAGGUUGUGAUCGGCCAUGGAGCAAAGCUUGGCAGACAAGCGCAAAUUAUCAGAAAGUCUCAUCGAUGCAAGUGGGUGCAGGUUGUUCACACUGAGCCUGAAGAGCUGGCGAUUCAUAAGAACUAUCCAAGCGCCAUUGCCAAGGGUGAAGGGAAGAACAGAGCUGAAGUUGAACUUUGUCAAAUUGCAGAUCUCGUUGUAGCCGUUGGACCCAAGUUGAAAGAAGCGUUCUCUUCCAAGUUGCGUUCAUCUCGUCGAGAUAUCUUUCAACUGAUACCAGGUUCCUUCGCAGAUUUUUCAGACAUUGAACAUGCUGCACAAGAAAGUGUAAAUUUCAAAGUGUUGGCCUUCGGUCGUGGUGAUUUCGAAGACUUUGGUCUUAAAGGAUACGACAUUGCCGCUCAAUCCAUAGUUGAAUUGAAGGACAGUUCCUGUAGUCUUGUUUUCGUUGGUGCACCCGAAGGAAGGCAGGAUGAAGUCGCGGAAAUCUUACUCCAGACUGGCAUUUCAAAGAACCAGCUCAUUGUGAGAUCAUUUGUGAAAGACAAGCAAAGAUUGAGAGAAUUGUUUUGUGAAGUCGAUCUGGCCAUCAUGCCAUCAAGAACUGAGGGGUUUGGUUUGACAGCAUUGGAGGCCAUGUCAGCUGGUCUUCCCAUCCUAGUUAGUGGAAACUCCGGAUUUGGAAAAGCACUGCGUGGUCUUCCAAUGGGUGAGUCAUUUGUGAUGGACUCUGAUGACCCCAAGGAAUGGGCAAAGGCAAUUGCAGCCAUCCGUCAAAAAUCAAGGACACAGCGGCUUGAGGAAAUCCAAAGACUGCGAAGAAGUUAUGGUGAAAGAUUCUCUUGGGAGAAACAGUGCCAGGCCCUUGUCGCCAGAAUGUGGAAGAUGGUCUACGGUAACAAAGUCUCUUUGCCUAAAGAAGAGUAACGAUAAUAGUAAUUUUUACUUGAAACACGGUGAAAAUGUCAUGAUUCAUCGUUGUAUUUCAGUUACUUCAGCAAGAGCGAGUGCGUAAGCUGGUUUUCAUAAUAUUAUAUUAGGCGGUGCAUGUUUGUGGCUGCAGAAAAAAUGCCAACGUUAACCUUUUGAACCUUAAUGACAGCAUUUGUAUUUUUCACACCCUUCUCCAUAUAUAUCUUGCGUUACUGAUAAGAAGAUUUGUUUAACAAUCGAGAUUUUUUUCUUUUGCUGCUGGGUCUCUCCUUUAAAGGAAGAGAAUGACAGAGAACCGUCCAGCUAAAACUUUUGCUGAUAAUAUAUCACAGAAAAUUAAUGGAGGGCUUCUCAGAUUGGAAUCGUUUAUGUCUUUCAAGUUGGACAAUGUUUUCUGUAAUUCAACGUUUCUUUAAAAUUUUACAGGUGUUGAAAAGACUCAAGAAGAUGCCGUUCCACAGAAUGACUUUGAAAACGGUGCUGCAAAAGGAUCGAUAACUGGUGAUGUAGUUGUUUGUUUUCUCAAAUAAAUCAAAGCCAACGUUUAUUUUUGUUGUAGAGUGGGGUUAUUUUGUUCUUUUGAAACCACGGCAAUUUUAUAUUGUGGGCUGUUUUUACCUAUAGACCAGUUCAUCAUGUUGUGAUAAACUGACGUGAAAUAACCUCAUUCUUGUUUUAAUAAUUUCCUUCUGUCGUUUACAGGCGAACCCACUUUCCUUGCACUUCAACAAAUCCGGCUGGAAGCACGCAUAGAGUCCAACAAAACUGAGCUGUCGCAGACGUUAAAGAGGACUGCGUUGGAAAAACGUUUUGCUUUUUCUGACAAUCAAGGAGAGGGGAACUGCAUGUUUUUUGCCCUUUCAGAGCAGCUUCACCUCAUCAAAGGAAUUCAAAUGUCCCAUGCUGAGUUACGCCGAAGUAUUGUUCAACACCUUCGGGAAAACCCCAGGCUGGUAAGUACCUCAUUUUUUUUUUCUAGGGUGUAUUCAUUUGCCCUGUAUGCGUAAGCCGUCGCCCUUGCCGCUGAAAAUUUUUUUAAAAUUGUUUUUAACGUACAGGCAAUAAGGCCUUGUUCUGACGUCUCCAAAAUACGCGUACACACGUAGCGUAUUUGAUUUUUUUUCCGCCCUUCCACAUAAAAACGGUGAAAUUAUUGAAUUACGAUAGCAUCCCUCACAAAUCAAACGCAGUGCUACUAGUAUUUAAUGUAUUUAACAAAUGGAUUCCAUGUUGCUGUGCGUCUUUUCAAUGAUAGAUCACAGAUGACGUCAAUAUGUGGUAAAAACAAAGAAGUGGCACACGAGCCGCAGGCGAGUGUGUCGCUGAUUAAGUUGUAAAGAGCUCUUUUUCUUUUCUUUUAUCCCAUUUUCUUCUUUGUAAAUAGAUCUUGCUAAGUUUUUUUUUUUUCGAGGCUUUCACUUGCUUUAAUCCGAAAUAAUCUAACAAACAUUUUCAAAACCGCGCGCCAUGUUGAACAAAACAAAGAAAACAAGUUUCCCCUGACGUCAUCCAUGUAUCUGUACUCCAAUAGAUCAUGGGCAACGACCAAUCACAGCGCGUGUAGCAUUCACAUCAUUGUAUAAAACAUCAUCGUCUUAGAAAACCUCCUUUUCGUCGGUACACGCGUAAAAGAGAAGUUGGCGUUUUCAAAAGUCCACUCUGGAGACCGCUUUCUGGGGACCUGUGUGGAAGGCUUAAAAUACCCUGAUACGUGUGGAUGCGGCCUUAAAUUCUUGCAACGAAAUGUGACGGCUUUACGGGUAUGCUGCAAAUGCAUCCACCCUUUAUAAGCAAAAUAUCAGCUCUGCACGAGCAUCACGCUUGUUUGUACUUUUGUUGUCCAGUAUACGACUACGGCGUGAAACUUUCUUAUGCGACGUUUUGUAAAGGACCUCGAAUGCAGGGCGACGAAUUAUUGUUUUUGGAUCAUGAUGCUGCCCUUAGAAUUAAAAUCCAGGAAAUUUCCUCUACUUUUUUGAUUUGAAAAACACUACAUAAGCGCCAUAAAGGUUUAAAAGAACGCAAAAUCAUGUCCUUUAAUAUCUUUUUUGACUCGGAAGCGUAAGUGGAAACGGAUUUUAGGACAUCUGUUUUCUGUCGCCUCGAUCGUCUGACUUAGAACCUAAUUUUUUAUAAGUACGUUAUAUUGACCAAAAGCCACUUUGUUCGAACAGCAUACGGUUACAUAGUGAAGUGGAGUGAAGCCUUAUAAUAUGAAGUAUGUUAGAAUAUGAACUGAUAAAUUAGAGGUUCUCAAAACUGGUUGUAUAUGUAGGGUCAUUUCUGACCUAAAGUACUGGUUUACAAGUCGAAAUUUCCAAACUCAUAUUAUUUCAUAGUAAACACCUCCUUCCGUCUCUCUUACACGUGUAACGGACACCUCCCUUAAACCUCCGAAAGUACUUUCCUAAAAGUGUUAGUCCUUGCCGUUCUUAAUAGUUUUCCUUAGACUUUUUAUAAGGGAGUAGUAUAGGAUGCACAGGUUAGACCUUGUUUUUGAAGUGAAAUCCCAUUAGUAUGAAGUGGAGCAAGUAAAUGUCGAUGACAUCUUUAUCUAGUGAAUAAAAUGCGGUAGAAUAUCAUCAAGAUAACGUCAUGAGUUAUACGAGCUAUUUUUAUGUCGUGUCUGGUAAAACCAGUUUUUGUUACAUCGGUGAUGAAACUUGUUGGGAUCAUGUUCAUAUUUGGUGAGAAUGCUAUCAUAGUUUAUUUCAUUGUCAAUUGCAGACAAUCUAUUGUCAUGGUUCCGGUUCGCUAGUAAAGUGGACAAAUGAGGAUUGAACUGUGACGAUUUAGUUUCAGUUUAUUGCCUAGUGAGAUCAUUCAUCGAGUAUGCUUCCCCCCGUUUUGGGCAGCGCUACCAUCAUGUCUAGAAGAUCUCUUAGAAUCCAUUCAAAGGAGAGCCCUGAAGAUAAUUUUUGGCAAGACAGAGCCCAGACACUCUUAAAGGCAGGCGAGUUCCUGCCUGUCAAAGGUUCAUCAUAAAUGUGCGGCAACAUCCGCCCCUCAUGAAAGUUAUCCCCUCCCCCACGUACCAUGAGUGUAAAUAAUUUCCUCGUUCGCGCAAUCCGAGACCUGUACUUGGUCGGACUAAUAGACUAAAUAAUUUUCCUACUGUCAAAUAUCAACAUUUUGUGUAAUUGUGUAUACUUAUUGCUGGCCUACCCAGCAAUUCAGUCAAUACUGCAACUGGGUAAAAGGGACAAGCACCUAUCUAUUUAUCUGUGUCUCCUCUGGGGCCGAUUCCAGCACGAUCCUUCUUAGAGAGAGCUGACAGCGUAGCUGCCUGAAUAUAUACCUUCUACAAAAGCACUGUAACUACCUCUUUCUCUAUUAACUACAGUAUUUUCUUUUUUUCUUACAGCCGGAUGGGACAGAACUGUUUCAUUUUGUUGAUGGAUAUCCAUCUUGGGAUGCCUACCUCACUAGCAUGAUGGCAGAUGGUACGUGGGGUGAUCAUGUGAUUCUACACGGCGCGGCAAACUGUUUUCAAACGUGCAUCCACGUGAUCAGCAGUCUGCCGCAUCGCCAUGACGUAAUGAUCUGCCCAGAGUAUGAUGUUUUUGGUAGGAGCCGGCUUGUGCUGGGUCACGUGCACGAGCUUCACUAUGUUAGCCUUAUUCCUUAUGUCUGAUUACACUUCAAUACUCAUGAUAUCCAAUUCAACUCACUUGAGUGAGACAAAAUGCACCUUAAUGUGGCUUCACAAGCAAAAAUCGGAAUAAGAGAGACCGUAACUGGUUACCUUUCCCAGCAAUGGGGUUGGUUCCAUCGAAAUAGCCAAAUGUGCUAUUUUUGGCACAAAUUGUGCCAUCUCGUGCGACACGCGCGCGCAUUUUUUGCGAGGGCGCCGCGUUAAGGAUAAACAACGUCGGAAAUUACCUCCGUAUGAGAUGAAUAUAUUCCAUUUCUGUCGUAAUUGCCUCCUCUGAAUUUGAGGCGGAAAGUUAACAAAAACAGCGGAUAAUUAUGGUUAAUAUUAUAUUCCUCAAAAAUAUCUUUGAAUUCAUGAUAAAUACAGCUCUACCAGCUUCAAAAAGCGUCUACCAGCAGAAUAUCACGGAAAUAGUACUUUAAAUAUAAUAAUUAUCCCACUUAACGUUCUUCUUGGCAGCGUGGCGCAGUGGUCUAGGAGCCGACCUUCCGUGAAGAUGGUCGACUCUCGGCUAAGCUAUUUUAUCUUUGUUGUAUAAUUUUUUCAGUUUGUUUUUGUUUUUGUUUUUAAUUACAUUUUCCCCUUGGCUUGUUUUCCGUUAUUCUUACUGCUGGUCCAUUACAGCCUCUCGAGGUUUUUGCAGUAAACGUAUUUCUAGUGAUGCUUACAUAAUAUUGGCUCAUUCUUUCACUGUGCAUGCAUUGCCUAUCGAGAUAUGAAGCACUUGGAAAUUUCAGAGAGAGCUCGAAGAAAGUCGCAAAACGAUUGCCCAUCUUCUGAAAUUCCACAAGAGAGUCGCGCAAAUUUGCGUGUUCCCGGCGAGUUUUUGACGUUAAAGGUGGCGCAGUUUAUUCUAAAAAUAGUAAAUUUGGCUUUUUCGAUGGAACCGCGUGGACCACCAGCUUGCGGUCUCCUACCCCGAUUAUGGCUCCUGGUAGCUCCUUAUAUUAUUCGCUAAGCUUUUGGCAAGAAACAAGACGUCUAUUUUUCUUCAUGUACAGCUUUUUAAUCCGUCAAUGUUACUGUGACGGCACAAUUAGCCUUUUAAUACAACCUUUUUUUGUCUCAGAAAAAGCCUUACACAGUGGUCUUAAGUACGACGACAAACUGAUUACUGUAGUAUUCUUAACAGAAUGUGGUUGUUAGGAACCACCUUGUCUACAGUCCCCUGUAAAUACUCCGUCAUUAGACUUUAUUGUAGUCCUAGCAAAAUGUGUGUACUAA